AUGUACGGCUGCGAAGUGGGGCUGGAUGCACUCUAUGUCCGUGGGUUCUAUCAGCCUGCAUACUACGGCACCAAUUACAUCGCCCUGAAUGAAGACGUGCGCUUCCGGAAGGCGGCGGACAUGGCCGCUCAGAUCACCCAGCGCAAGUGGGAGGAGGCCAGAGAUGAAGUGCAUUUAACGAUUUACUUGAAGGGGGAGUGCGUGGAGUCCUUUCACAGAUACCUGGAGAAUGGGAAGGAAUCACUGCAGCGUUUAGUGCCUCCAAAGACACACAUCACCGACCACGACAUCUCUGACCAUGAGACCAUACUGAGGUGCUGGGCGCUGAACUUCUACCCACCAGAGAUCACCCUGACCUGGCAGCAGGACGGGAAGGACCAGACCCAGGACAUGGAACUUGUGGAGACCAGGCCUGCGGGGGACGGGACCUUCCAGAAGUGGGCUGCCUUGGUGGUGCUCUCUGGAGAGGAGGAGAGAUACAUGUGCCAUGUGCAGCACGAGGGGCUCACUCUGAAAUUGGAAUUGCCUUCCCAUUCUACCACCUUCAUGACAAUUGGUGCUGGCCUGGUUCUUGGAGUUGGGGUCAGUGGAACUGUAGCUGUUGUGAUCUGGAGGAAGAAGAGAGGAGGCAGCGACAGUGCCCAGGGCUCUGAUGUGUAA